ACGCCGGAGGGACAUCACUCACAGUAGCGGUGAUAGACUCGCCACGUCGAACACUCUGCUCUGCGCAUGUUAAUGUUAUAUAUGCGCCCUUCAAGUCUUCAACCGACGCAUUUAAGGCGGGAAACUUCCCCUGCUUCUAUGCGACUUCGUUUCUCUCUCUCUUCAAACAACUGUUUCCGCCAUUUCUCUCUCCGCACCUCUAUGCACCAUGCCAUGGCUUCGGACUCCUGCUCCUUGAUGUGGUUCCGGAAAGGCCUGCGUAUCCACGACAACCCCGCUCUCCAACACGCAGCUAAUGCCUCCAAAUGCUUCCCGGUCUUUGUGAUUGACCCCCAUUACAUGGAGCCAGACCCGACCGCUUUCUCGCCCGGCUCCACUCGGGCCGGCUUGAACAGGAUCCGUUUCUUGCUAGAGACCCUUGUUGAUCUCGACUCUAGUCUUAAGAGGCUGGGUUCGCGCCUGUUAGUUCUCAGGGGAGACCCCACCCAAGUCUUAAUUCGCUGUUUGAAGGAGUGGAGCAUAAGCAAACUGUGCUUUGAGUAUGACACAGAACCCUAUUACCAAGCAUUAGAUGAUAAAGUAAAGAACUAUGCUUCUGUUGCUGGAAUAGAGACUUUCACUCCUGUGAGUCAUACCCUAUUUAACCCUGCAGACAUUAUACAGAAGAAUGGAGGAACACCACCUCUUACUUACCAAUCAUUUCUUAAACUGGCUGGGAUACCAUCUUGGGCUUCAUCCCCUCUGUCAACAUCGCUGUCUUCGCUUCCCCCGAUUGGGAACUUGGGGAGUCUUCAAGUCUCAGCAGUCCCAACACUUGAAGAACUUGGCUAUGUUGACUGCAGUGAGGAUGAGAGGACACCUUUUAGAGGUGGUGAAUCAGAAGCAUUAAGGAGGUUGAGAGAGUCAAUUGCUAACAAGGAAUGGGUAGCAGAUUUUGAGAAACCCAAGGGCAACCCAUCUGCAUUUUUAAGGCCAGCCACAACUGUUUUAUCUCCCUACUUAAAAUUUGGCUGUCUCUCUUCCAGGUAUUUCUACCAAUGUGUUCAGGAAGUUCUGAGAACUGUUAAAAAGCAUACAUCUCCACCUGUUUCUCUCCUUGGACAGUUGUUGUGGCGGGAUUUCUUCUACACAGUUGCUUUUGGCACUCGUAAUUUUGAUCGAAUGAGGGGCAAUAGAAUCUGCAAGCAGAUACCCUGGAAGGAAAGUGAUGAAUUGCUAGCUGCUUGGAGAGAUUCUAGAACAGGAUUUCCUUGGAUUGAUGCGAUAAUGGUCCAGCUUCGGAAGUGGGGCUGGAUGCACCAUCUGGCUAGGCAUUCUGUUGCAUGCUUUCUGACUCGUGGAGACCUGUUCAUCCAUUGGGAAAAAGGACGUGAUGUAUUUGAGAGGUUACUAAUUGAUUCUGAUUGGGCAAUCAACAAUGGGAACUGGAUGUGGCUGUCCUGCUCUUCAUUUUUCUACCAAUAUCACCGCAUUUAUUCUCCAAUCACAUUUGGGAAGAAGUAUGAUCCUGAUGGGAAUUACAUAAGGCAUUUUCUCCCCGUAUUAAAAGACAUGCCCAAGGAGUAUAUUUAUGAGCCCUGGACUGCUCCACUAUCCAUACAACGGAAAGCAAAAUGCAUCAUUGGAAUAGAUUAUCCAAAGCCAGUUGUUUCGCAUGAUUCAGCUAGCAAAGAAUGCCGUCAGAGACUGGGUGAAGCUUACGAGUUAAACAAGAAGUUAGGUGGCAUGGUGGGGGACGAAGAGUUAAAUGAACUAAAGAGAAGAGUGGAGGAGCAAGAUAAGUCCAUGGAGUAUAAAACAAAGAGGCAAAAGCAAACACUGAUCGGUUAAGGUCCAGAAAAUAUGCAUCAUUCGAUUGAUUUGUUAUUAAGUAGGAGGAUGGCUGAACGUAACUGAGGUGAGCUUAGUAUGCUAGCUUAGGUUGUUGAGUUUCGCAGCACGACUGACUGACUUUAAUCCUCCAUAUAACAAAACUGCACAUUUUAGUUAAGAGCUCAACAUUUUAAGGGAUUUAUAGUUCUUUUGAAUGAAUGCUCAGUUCAGUGUAACAUUAGGAAUGCUAGACACUUGGACAUUAAGAAAUAUGUAUAUUAUGGAUGUUGGGGAUUAUUUCCUGAUUGACUCAAUGAUAUGUCAUGAAACAAAUACUCCAGGAAA